CUCUGUGUCUUCUGCAAGCAAUCCUCACCACCGCUCAUCAUCUCUGCAAUGAGUGCUCUGCACUCUGCUUACUCGGGUUGCCUUUGCAGCCCUGUCUCUUCACGGGAGAGAAGAGCCAUGCGUUUUGGAGGGUUUAGUUUCUUUGUUUUUAUUUAUUUAUUAUUUUAUUGUCUGUCCACCAGUGGAGAUAAGUGCCAAAGUUAAGAACAGGAAGUUUUCUUGUCAGUACAAGAAAUGGUACAGAUGACUGUGCAAAGCUAUAGGAGAUCCCUGCAAGAGUUUUCAGAAAGUCCUGUUAUGUCAAGAUGCAGCAGCCUCAACUCUUCCCAUUCUCUUAUCAGUGUACCCCAGAGUGUAAGUGAAUGGCUGGCCAUCGGGGAAAAGGAUCCAGUUGAGAUUCUUCUUGAUUUGGGGUUUGGUACAGAAGAACCUGACGUCUGCACUAAAAUUCCACCUCGGUUCCUUCAUGGUGCUUCUGUAGCAAAAGGGAUAAACAUCCGAGUUUUUCUGGAGGCUCAGAAGCAGCGGAUGGACAUUGAAAGCCCAAAUCUAUAUGGGCGUUUCCGACAACUGCAAGUGCUUGAUCGCGUGACGAGUGCCUUCUCCUUGCUGCUCACUGAUGUGAACACCCACCAGAGCAAAGCCCAGGGCGCCAGCAAAGGUGACACCGGCCACUUGGACACUGAGCAGGGCAAACCUGUGGUUACACGAGCAAAGAAGAGAAUAAGUCAGCUGUUGAAAAGGGCUUCUAGGCAGACACUGCUGAAACAGAGCUCGCUGGCAUCCGGUGAAGCCAAAUUAUCUGGAUGGAAAGGACAGCCCUAUUCUUGUGGUGACGCUGCUGAGAGUGGAACAGUCCAAGUGGGGUUUUCUGAAGAUGUUACGAUGGGUUGUCUCACCCCAGAGCAAAACUCCAGAGGCAAAGAUGCUCUCACAAUACCCCAGUGUCCACAGACUCCAUCGGAAGGAACUUGGAGUUCAUCUCACUUACUUCCAGAACAGUCUCACCUUUCUUCUGCAUGUGAGGUGCCUGCCAAAGACAGGCCAAGGAAAGAGCUGAGUUUGCUUGUGGCCCCCACACUCAAAAAAAUGGCCAGCCAAAGCUACAAGCUGCCUGACUCCUUUGAAUUGGAAGAGAUUCAGAGUUUGGAGGAAGAAACUCCAUGUAGAUAUGCUCCGGACAGCAUAUCAGAGGUGAUGGUCACAAGAACAAAUAGCUGCCAAUCAGACAGCAGUGGAUUUAUGGAGGAGCUGCCAGAACCUUCGGUUUUGCAAAAUGCAUCUUUGUCAGCAAAGAUAAAUCUUAGCUCUGAUACCCACAACCACAAAAUGACUCUGUCAUAUAGCACAGCGCUCCCUAUGUCAAAUCAAGAUUUUCAAGAAAAAACAGAAGAUUGUAUUGCGAAAGCCUUCAUAACAGAUUGCAGGAAGUUUUUGACAGUAUCUAGACCAAUGAGAACAUGCAGUGACCAGGGAGAAGAAACCUGUCCUCUACUAACUGCAGAAGACUGCCAGCAUCAGACCUGUGGCACUGGGCCCCUGAAUUUUGUCCAAAAAAUGUUAUGUGAUGUGGUCAAUAGAGAAGAGAAAAAUGGAACUGAGCAACCAAAAAAAGAGGAGUACAUAAGACCGCAUACACCUUGUUUUCCACCUGAUAACCAGGAUGAAGGAGAUGCUGUCUCCUCAAAAUUUGAUUAUCAGUUAUAUUGCAGUCCAGGACAUAAAAAUAUGAAUGUGGCCUUCACUGAACAAAGUGACACUAACCCUGAGACUGCUAGUGAAAGCAAGGUCAAAACUGAAGAAGAAAGUGAGAGGUAUUUGACAGAUAAGGAUUUUGGAGCUACACGUCAUGAAAAUGUCCAGGGACAUCCUACAGAACUUGUGGAAGGAGAGUGGUGGAGAAUGGAAGUGGUCGGUGAGAAUGGUCCCCUUCUCUCAGGGAGUGAAGUGACAAAUGGGCAGAGGUUCUGUACAAGAGAUGGCGAUUCAAGAAAUAUGAGCUCCUCUUUUGAAAGAGGGCUCCCUGAAACUCUGUGGCAGGGCCCAUCCGUGCCCAGAGAAAGCAGUGCUGUUUCAAGCAGUUCUCCUCAAAGACCUCAGAUCCCCCUCUCCUGUCCAACAGAAGGGCCUCGGUUAAGUUCUUCUGAAGAUAAGCAGACAUGCAGCAUAGGGGAGGUACCAUGUAUUAACAAAUCAGCAAAGCAAAACAGUGUCCAAAGCACUGAAACAAAUGCUGGUCCUCUGAAAUCUGUUACUGUGCAAAUGUCUUCAAGGCUGGAUUUUACUUCAAAGAUGAAGUAUACUGGGCAAAAUGCUCCUUGCUGUGAGAGCGCUGCUAGGGACCACGCUGUGGACUUCUCUGAGGUGUCAGCACACCGCUGUGAGGGUGGCCUGAAGCAAACCACUGAGGCCUCCAGUCAAACCAACAUCCCUGCCAGGAAAACUAGGCAGGUCCACCUACCUCCUCCACCCUGUCACCACCUCGUGAAAUCAGUUUCUCUUGACACCGUGUUUUGUGGCAAAUAUGGACGGUGCUACAAGGGUGAAGCAUCUGGAGCUCAGGGCACCCAGGGUUAUCACUGCCGUGGCUGCUGCCACCACUGCUGCUGCUGCUGCUUCUGCCUGAGGAACCUCCCACCAGCCAUUUCCCCCCAGUGCCCUGUGGGCUGCUGUUCAAACCACGCUGCCACGGAGCUGCAGCUUUGGAAAACACUGGUGUUCCUACAGGAAACUGCAGCGAGAAGCUCCUCACCAUGUACCAUCCAUGAAAUAGAAAUGAUGAAGAGCUCCUGUCAGCAGUUCCGGGAGAAGCUGAAUGAGAUUGAACAGUACCUGACUGAACAGCAGGUUCUGCUUUCCGGUGCACUGUCAGAUGAAGAAAGAGAGGAAAGAAGGCACCUGCAACUUUUAAGGCAAGCUGUUCGUCAGGAGGUUGCAGAGCUGGAAUUUCGGCUGAAUGAUCGAGCUUGCCAGCUCAGGGAAGGCAUUCUCAUGCAGCUGGACCAAUUACUAGUAGAACAAUCCCAUCUGUUUUCAGAGCUUGGACUCUCUGACUGGAAGGAAGAAAGAAAUGCCCAGAAUAAACAAGCGCUUCCAGAUGCUGUUGAUACUGUGCAUCCUAGAAGUGGGUUCUCAGAAAUGGUACUCCAAAGAGUUCCUAGCAGAAGCACAACAGCAGGCUCCCUCCCCACUUUGCAGCCAGGAACACCUAUAAUGCAAUUUCCUACCAGGACAACACUUGAGCCAAAUUCUGCUGAGUCUGACCCACAGGAGCUCUCCACCACUAAAAAGGAAAUAAAUGGACCGCUGAAGCCAAAAAUGGACUUUAAAGCCUUUGUGCACAAUUUGAAGAAAUCAUUCCGAAAUUCUUUAGGUAAUGGCUCAGCGGAAGGAAAAGACUGAUGGUAGAGAGACUGAUGGAUUUUGUUUUUAAGAGAUAUAGCUUUUUCCUGCAAUGUGUGAAGAAAUGAAAAAAACAUUGCAUCAUAGAAUGUUCUGGUCACAGUAAUACAAUUUGCAAUGAGAUGACUGUCCAGAAAGUGGGCAUUUUUGAAAGAUGUUCUAAAGAGAAGAGCUAUAUAUUUUGCUAGUGAGAGAUUACAGAACUAUUAUGCUCCUCUUAAGCCAUCAUACUGGUCCUUCACAAUGUCAAAGAAAAGGGGAGAGGGCAUAUUUUUACGAAGAAAUUUAUGAACUUGCACUAAGCCUGGGAAAUAUCUCUAGAAGAUAUUAUCCUUAUAGACACUUAUUUUAGCACAGAUCUUCAAACAACAGUAAUUGUCAACCCAAACUGGCUUGUGCAGUUCAGGAAUCUUUAGUUUUUAUCUGACUACUUAAUGCUGAUCUGCCUCUGAUUAAUUUUAUAAUGACUGUAUCUGCUGUAUCAAAUCUGAAAUUGUCUGACAGUUAUGAAAUGUCAAACACAUUAUGUUUAAUUAAACACUAAACUAUUAC